CCCCCCCCCCCCCCCCUUUCCCCCCCACACCUUACACUCUCAGUGCUCUCUCUCCCUCUCUCUCUCUCUCUCUCUCUGUGUGUGUGCGCGAAUGGCUGCUCUUCAAGCUCACGCUCUUUCGCACAAGAUGACAACUUUCACGUCCAUCUUUGCAUCACAAGCUUCCGCAUCAUCUAGCUUUUCUUUUCCUUUCUCUUCCUUGAAAACCCAUCAAGAGAAUUCUCUCUUAUCUGCUACCAACAUCACCCAGAACAGGCCCUUUUCUCUCUCCACUCAUCCAAGAAGACUGCUUUGCAGACCCCCUCAAGGGAAGUAUGUUAGAGAAGACUAUCUUGUGAAAAAGAAGUCUGCAGAGGAGAUACAGGAAUUGGUGAGGGGAGAAAGGAACGUCCCCCUCAUCAUUGAUUUUUAUGCAACGUGGUGUGGACCUUGUAUUUUGAUGGCCCAAGAACUUGAGAUGCUAGCUGUGGAAUAUGAGAACAAUGCAAUGAUAGUUAAGGUUGACACUGAUGAGGAGUAUGAAUUUGCACGCGACAUGCAGGUUCGAGGUUUGCCAACACUGUUUUUCAUCAGUCCGGAUCCAAAAAAAGAUGCGAUCCGGGCUGAAGGGCUCAUCCCAAUACAGAUGAUGCGUGAUAUCAUUGAUAAGGAGAUGUGAAGGAGCAAUUGGUCUGUGAUGAAGCAUUCUGAUAGGUGAGCUGUUGCAGGACAAAUUUAGGGCUUCUUGCGAAAUGAUUCAUGUAUUAUGGGGCUACCAACAUUCUCUUUAAAGAUUUAGAUUUUUUUUUUUUUUUUCAAAGUAUUAGAAGAGAAAUCAAUCUCAUUGAAUUUUGAAUAUUGAUUGUAGUAAUGUAGUGACAAUGAUCGCUUUCAAUUAACUAACUUUACAUACA